GAGCAAGGCGGUCAGACAGACAAGCGGGACAGCAGGCUAGCCGAAGGUUGUCCUUAAGGAAUUUUUUACAGUAAUGGAAAUAAAUUUUAGGUCUGAGAAUUAGAAUAAAAGACCAACUUAAUCAGUACAAACCAACGCUUUUUGUCAAAGUAGUGUUUCGGCUUACUUUUAAGAGAGACACGAGGGUAGCGGUCAAUCAAUGAGCUCUGUGGACGACCGACGUGACGUUAGAGAAGGAUAUAGAAAUGGAGGAGCAACGGUGAAGGGAUUAAUUCAGAAAGUCCAUCCUCCUCAGCUCUCCCUUAAUGAUUCACUGGAGGGAGAAAUUCAGGCCUUCCUCAUUGAUGAAGACCAACUUCACACUUACGAUGACCUCACCAAAGUCAACCCAGUGACCCCAGCGACAGUGCUGAAAUGCCUGCAGGCCAGGUACAGCAUGAAGGUGUUUUACACCCAUGCUGGCUGCACCUUGGUGGCUCUUAACCCCUUCCAGCCCAUUCCAGACCUCUACUCUCUGGAUGUGAUGAAGGAGUAUCAUUAUGCUCGUCAGCCCCAGGACUUCAAGCCGCAUAUCUUUAUUGUGGCAGAAGAAGCCUACAGGAAUGUUCAGGGCCAGCUGGAGCUGGUGAACCAGUCCUUGGUGGUCAGUGGUGAGAGUGGUGCUGGAAAGACAUGGACAUCUCGGUGCUUGAUGAAGUACUAUGCCACAGUGGCGUCCGUCUCGGUGGUGAAGAAUCAGGACACAGUGGAGAGGAUCGAGAGGAGAGUGCUGGACUCCAACCCUGUAAUGGAAGCUUUUGGCAAUGCCUGCACGGUCUGGAACAACAACAGCAGUCGCUUCGGAAAGUACAUUCAGCUACAGUUGGACAGGUGUCAGCUCUUAGUUGGGGCGUCUGUACAGACAUAUUUACUGGAGAAGACCAGGGUGGCCUGCCAACCAGCUAAUGAAAGAAACUUCCACAUUUUUUACCAGAUGAUGAAAGGGGCCACAGAUGAACAGCGGAAAGAGUGGAAGAUGUCACAUGGCCAAAGUUUUGUUUGGCUGCCAAAUUCUGAGAAAACAAUUGAGGAGGAUUGUUUCCAUGAGACAGUGGAAGCAAUGGUUCAUCUGGGCAUCAAUGCAGAAAGGCAAGGAGAAAUAUUUAGGAUAUUAGCAGGAAUUCUCCAGUUGGGAAAUGUCAGCUUCUCCUCUUCAGCAGAUGAAUCACAACCUUGUCACCUUGAUGCAAAAUCUAAAGACUUCUUGCAGAGGGCUGCUGAGCUGCUGUGUGUUCCUGCUGAGGAGCUUCAAACAUGUUUAAGAGUAAGGACUCUGAAGGCGGGGAAGCAAAGCGUGCUCAAGCCGUGCUCUCAGGCAGAGUGCAGUGUGAGGAGAGACUGUCUAGCCAAAGUCAUUUACGCCCAGUUAUUUGAAUGGCUGGUUACAUUCAUCAACAACAGCAUAUGUGCUGAUAAAUCAACGUGGUGCAACUUCAUAGGAGUCCUAGAUGUGUACGGCUUUGAAUGUUUUCAGACCAAUAACCUGGAGCAGCUGUGCAUCAACUACGUCAAUGAGAAACUCCAGCAGCACUUUGUGGCUCAUUAUCUCAGAGCUCAGCAGGAGGAGUAUGUGUCAGAGGGUUUGCAGUGGUCCUUUGUCAAAUACCAAGACAAUCAAAGUUGCCUCGAUCUUUUAGAGGGAAGCCCCAUGAGUGUGUUCUCUCUUCUUAAUGAGGAGAGUCGUCUAAAUCGAGCCUCGGAUGCAAAAACGUUCCGAGUUCGUCUGGAGAAGGAGCUGUGUGACAAUGCUAACAUCAGCUGGGACAAGUUCAGCAAGGUGCCGCACUUCACUGUGGCCCACUACGCCGGCAAAGUUGGCUAUCAGAUAGAAGGCAUGGCGGAGAAAAACAAGGACCCAGUGCCACCAGAGCUAAUUAGCCUGCUUCAAAAGUCCAACAACCAGCUUCUUCACCAGAUCUUCAAAGACAAUGAAACUGAGAGUCAGAUUAAAAAGGGGCCUGGUAAAACCACUGUGGUCUCCAAGUUCAAGAACUCACUGGAGACCCUGAUGAAAAUCCUCCACUCCACAACUCCUCACUACACUCGCUGCAUCAAGCCAAACCCUGAGUGCAAGCCACUGACUUUCAAAAAGGAGGAGGUUAUCAUUCAGCUAGAGGCCUGCGGGAUUGUGGAGACCAUCCAUAUUAGUGCUGCUGGAUUUCCAAUUAGGAUUCCUUUCCAAAGCUUCCUGCAACGUUACGCACUGAUCGCUAAACACAUAAAGUCGGGGGGUCACAGUGUUGUGUUAGAUUUGGAAGCUGACACUUGUCCCCAGCGACAUGUGGAGAAGAUCCUCGGUGUGGCGUUGAAACACCGCUGUCUGAGUGAAGAGCACAGUACAUUGGUGCAUUGUGGGAGGACUAAAGUUUUUCUCACGCAAGUGAUGCUAGAUUUACUGGAAGAUCAGAGGAAGAAAAUCCUGUCUCACUGCGCCUUUACCAUUCAGUGCUGUUGGCUACGGUACCAGCGGCGCAGACGACACACCCACCGCCAGUCUGCUACUUUGAUCCAAGCAGCGGUGCGGUCCUGGCUAGUCAGGAAUCGGGUCCGGAGAUGGAACAGAGCAGCUGGAGUCAUCCAGAGCACCUGGAGGAAGUGGAGGUUACUCUUGAAAUCCUUGGCUGAAGCAGAACUUGAUGACGCAAAGGACCUGGUGGAGGAGGAUGCGCCCGCACUGAAUCCUGUCGUCAGGGAACGGGGCUCAGUGCAGCUCUCCACCAUCCCGGAGCCCGUCACGGUGCAAGGGUGGCCCAUGGGCCUGGCUCUAGCCUCUGCACCGUCCAUGACUUUGUCUUUGACAGCCACAGGCUUCCAGAAGAUGAUGUCUGUCAUCGCCUCCCUCAACUUGCCAUCCAGGAGGGGAGAGUACCAGGUGAAGACCAACCAGUACACGGAGGAACUCGCCUCCAUAAGGGCUCAGCCCAAGGGAUCCGUAAAGCUGCACUGUCAGCGAUCUCCGCUUCUCUACGCUGACAGGCAGCCGGACCUGAAGAGCGACGUGACGGGGUUCAAUGAGAUCCUGCUAGAGAAAACUCUGUAACCGCUCCCUCAGUGCAAAACGCUACUUGCAGUGAAGCAGCUGCUUCUCCAUAAUCUGACAUGAAACAUGAAAACAUGGUAUUAUUUCAUGCUGCCACUGUGUAUGUAGGUUAAAACACUAAUUGCCAUGUUUGUUUGUUUUUUGUUUUCUUUUUUUAAACGAAGGUCGAAACUGGUCUUACCCUGUCUUACAGGGAUGAAGAGAAUUAUAAAACCUGCAUCCUUGCAUAAUUAUUAUUUAUCAGAAGUGUUUAUGUAAGCUGGUGCAGUGCUAAAAAUCACCUCCAGUUGCCUUACGGCCCCAGAGAUGACAAAAUAUAUAUAAAUAUAUCACCUAAAAUUCCAAAUCUGAGUCAGGAGAGUGGAUACAAUCCUCAGCUGCAUUUAAGAUAACGUACCCCCUUCUUUUCAUUUCUUUUACAGAAAGAAAUGAAGUACCAUUCACAUUUCUCUGUGAAUGGUACUCAUGUCCAUUGAUCAGUGGGCUUUGAUCAGUGGUUGUUGAUCAAUGGUCAUGAAAAUGUGCAUAAUUAUGAUGAAGGAACUGACCUCCCAACCCCAUUGUUCCUUCAGUGGGCUGGUUUCAGUCAUUAUGCAAAUGUACUGUUUAUAAGAUUGGGGAAACCUGCAGUCAGCUGAGACUGAAGAAGUCACUUGGAUGAGUGACGAAACGUUUCUCCCACUGAAAACGCUACGUCCAGAUGAACAGAAUCAACUUUAGGGGAUUCUUUUACAGAACUUGCCAUGUUUGUCACAUGUAGAAAACAGCACAUGGUGUAGAUGGGAUUAUGAUGAUGCAGGAUAAACACUAACUCUUUUUAAAAGAAAUCUUUGUAAAACUGAAAAUUUAAGGCAUAAUCUUGGCGCUUUUUUAAAAGAAAAAAAAAUACCAGGGCUGCAGGCUUUUGUCUCCUGAUAGAUGAUCAGAGUAUUAGGACUCGAGACAAGUGCCUUUCUUAGAAUCCACGAUCAAACCACAUAUGAGCUGUACAUGUAUUUAUUGGGCUGAUUAUUUAUCUAUGACUUAAUUUUUCCAGUCUUCUGUUUCUGAUUCUUGUGUAGUUUUGUGGUUGCUGCUGGGAGGAAAAUGGUAAUCGAGCAAAUAUUGCACGUUAAGCGAAUAUUGCACUUCAAAAGCAUGCACAUUCUUAUGUAAUCAACAAGAUUACACGACAGGGUGUCUACAGGCAUGAGCAGGUAAAAUGUAUUUUAUUAAUUUUCAUUCUCACACCAUUUUAAUAGCCCAGAAUCUUUAUCUUGACUGAUGAGCAGGCUCUGAUAUCUUCAGGGUGUCCACCAGUGUAAUCGACAGCUUGGUCGUGCAUAUUUACACUUUGCUGGCCUGAGGCUUCGGGAAUUUUUAUAUUUUUGAGGCAGUUGUUUUUAAGCACCAUUAAAAUUAGUUAAUCAUUAGCCUUUUUAUUAUUACCCCUGAGCAGCAAAAGGCUGAUGGUGUACUGUCAUCACCCGACCAGACAGGCAGCGCGGACAUUUAAGUUUGUGAAUGCAAUAACUGGAGAACAAGGUGAUACCAUAGGUGUGUUUACUAAAAAUGUUGGACAAGUUUGUAUGUCAGUGACCUCGACCUCAGGGUCGGAGCAAGUUGUCUGAAAACCUCGUCAACGCGACAAACUUGAGAACAACACGACACAGGAUUUUGAAAUCGACACUGUAGGUGUGUCUACCAUAGAACUGAGAGGAACCACUGGUGGUCGACAGUAUUUUAAUGAAAACAGGCAAACAAGGGUAUUAUUGUACAAAUACUAAAUUCAUAUAAUAUGAUCUAAAUGUGUUGAGGCAGCAAAAACAGUGGAAUAGUGUGCCAGAAAUUCUCAAUAACUUGAGUAAAAGCACAUCAGACACAUCCACACUAAUACAUUAAGGGUUUAUAUUGAUGAGUAUUGAAGAACUUUCAAGGAGCCGUAGACACCCUGCAUAACAGAAACUUCACUGAUGUGAACA